CCCGUUAUCAUCAUCGAAGAUGAGUGGGACGAUAUCGACGACUUUGACCUGUCGGGAAUCGAGAAGAAGUUCUCUCGGCCUCCCCUCGUGUCCCCCAAGGGGCUGCGAGCCCCCCGCAAGGAGCCCCCGCGGCCGAGCCCCCGGCCGGGCCCGCCCGGUUCUCCGGAGGCCGAGCCGGGGCCCUGCUCGCAGCGAUCCGGGAUCCGCCGGGAGGAGCCGGGCCCGGGCAGCGGCGGCUCGGCCGCGGCGCUGGGCUGCGGGCUGCGGGACCCAGAUCGCACGGCUGUUGGUGCUGAAGGGGGUCAGGGCCAGGAGCAAGAGGGGCCUGGCAGCAGCCCCCCAGAAGUGGAUGAGGCCACCUGGCCAUUGGCAGGUGCUGAGCUCGAGGAGGAUGACCUGGACAUCAUCCCUCCCUCCCCUGAGGAGGAGCUGCCUCCCUUCUCCCCCUCUGUGCAAAGUGCCAGUAUUUUCAGAGACUCCCCCACUGGUGGAAGAUGCACAGCUGGCAGCUCCGAGGCCGGGCAGGAGAAGGUUCCCACAACACAUCCUGGAGGUGAUCCCAGUGCAGGGGACUCAGUGCCCGUGCCAGGUGAGGCCGUGCCCGUGGCGCCGCAGCUGUACCGAGUGAUGGAGGCCAUCUGUGAGCUGGUGGAUGCCAUCCCCCUGCAGGAGCUGCAGGCCCUGGGCUGUGCCAGGGCCCUGCUGCAGCACAGGGACCUCAGGAGAAAAUUGCUGGCUAAUUCUGUCAGUUUGAAGCAAAAUGGCAUAAAGACCACUUUUGCUAGGAGCUGGAAGUCUCCCAUGGAACAGAGCCCUCGUGUGUGUCCUGGUUCUGGUCCAGGUUCUGGUCCAAACUGGAGCUUCAGUUCUGACAGAAACUCCCCCAAACCCACAAACCUGCCAUCGGUGCUUUCUGUUCAUUCCAGCACCUUUUCUGCCAAAACAAAUCCAACCUCGGACACCUCUGGUGCUUCAGAGCAGAGUGCUGAGGGUGUGGCGUGCCCCAGGGGAAGCGGCUGGGGGGGAUCCUCCCUCAGGCUCAGCCUGCAGUCCUGUGACAGCAUCCCGGGAUCAGGGAAUGGGAGCCGGCCCCUGAGCAGCACAGCCCUGAGGGCUCCGAGCACAGCUGCCCCAGCCAGCCCUGCAGGGAGCAGCUUGGCUACAAAUGAUCUCCACUUGGACCUGGAUCACUUUGACAUCGAUGACUUGGAUGAGGACUGGGAGAGCUCGGUGGCCGAGCCGGCACCGCAGGCUCUGUCCCCACCACGGUGCCAGCCUGGCCGGGAGGGGCCACCUCCCAAAUCCCUCUUGUCCAAGAUUAUGUCCAGAGCCAGAGGCUCAGAUGUGGGAUCCAGUCCUGCUGCUCCAAAGCCAGGCCUCCUGAUGGCAACAAAGAGCCAUCCAGAUCCAGUGGUUCAUGACCCCGCCCUGGAGCGUUUCAGGGGUAUGAAAUUUCCCCAUUCUGCAGAAAUGAUGAAUAUAUUCCACAAGAAGUUUGGACUGCACUGUUUCAGGACAAACCAGCUGGAGGCCAUCAAUGCUGCUCUGCUGGGGGAGGAUUGUUUCAUCCUCAUGCCCACAGGAGGUGGGAAGAGCUUGUGCUACCAGUUACCAGCCUGUGUGUCUGCCGGGGUCACUGUCGUUAUUUCUCCGCUGCGGUCGCUCAUCAUCGAUCAGGUUCAGAAGCUGAAGACUUUAGAUAUUGCUGCAACGUACCUGACUGGUGACAGAACAGAUGCUGAUGCCUCAAAAAUCUACAUGCAGCUGUCAAAGAAGGACCCUGUCAUAAAGCUGCUGUAUGUCACCCCUGAGAAGGUGUGUGCCAGCAGCCGCCUGAUGUCCGCCCUGGAGAACCUCUACGACAGGAAGCUCUUGGCACGCUUUGUCAUUGACGAGGCCCACUGCGUCAGCCAGUGGGGCCAUGACUUCAGACAAGACUACAAGCGGCUGAACAUGCUCCGCAGGAAGUUCCACGCCGUGCCCAUGAUGGCCCUCACGGCCACGGCCAACCCCCGCGUGCAGAAGGACAUCCUCAACCAGCUGGAGAUGCUGAAACCACAAGUGUUUACAAUGAGCUUCAACAGGCAUAACUUGAAAUAUGAUGUGCUGCCCAAGAAGCCAAAGAAGGUGGCGAUGGAUUGCUUGGAGUGGAUUAAAAAAUAUCACCCCAAUGACUCUGGGAUAAUCUAUUGCCUUUCCCGGCACGAGUGUGACACCACAGCAGCCAUCCUGCAGAAGGAGGGGCUGGCUGCCCUGGCCUACCACGCUGGCCUCACCGAUUCCAGCAGGGACCUUGUGCAGCAGAAGUGGGUUAAUCAGGAGGGAUGCCAGGUGAUCUGUGCAACAAUUGCCUUCGGAAUGGGCAUUGACAAGCCCGACGUGCGCUACGUUAUCCACGCGUCCCUUCCCAAAUCCAUUGAAGGUUACUACCAGGAGUCUGGCAGGGCUGGGAGGGAUGGAGAGAUGUCCCACUGCCUGCUCUUCUACAGCUACAGCGAUGUGACCAGGCUGAGAAGGCUCAUCCUGAUGGAGAAGGAUGGGAACAGCCACACGAGGCAGACCCACUUCAACAACCUGUACAGCAUGGUGCACUACUGUGAGAACGUGGUCGAGUGCCGCCGUGUCCAGCUGCUCGCCUACUUUGGGGAAACCAACUUCAACCCCACCUUCUGCAAAGAUCACCCAGAAGUCGUUUGUGACAACUGCAGUAGGAAGAAGGAUUAUAAAUCAAGGAAUGUGACGGAGGAUGUGAAGAGCAUCGUGCGCUUCGUACGCGAGCACUGCAGGCAAGCGGGGCAGGUGAACGGCAGGAGGAACACAGGCUCUGGCAGGUACACCCUCAACAUGAUGGUGGACAUUUUCUUAGGUUCAACGAGUGCCAAGAUUCAGUCUGGAAUAUUUGGGAAGGGGGCUGCCUAUUCCAGGCACAAUGCUGAAAGGCUGUUUAGAAAACUGGUCCUGGACAAGAUCCUGGAUGAGGAUUUGUACAUCACAGCUAAUGACCAGGCAGUGGCAUAUGUCAUUCUGGGAGAGAGAGCUCAGGCUGUGCUGGAUGGGUCACUCCAGGUGGAGUUCCACGAGACAGAGAGUGCCAGUGCCAUCAGAAGGCAAAGGGCUUCCAUGGGAAAGAUGUCCCAGCGGGAAGAGGUUGUUAAGCAGUGCCUCAGUGAACUUACAGACACCUGCAAAACCCUGGGCAAAGUCUUUGAUGUGCAUUACUUCAAUAUUUUCAGUACUUCCACCCUAAAGAAAAUAGCAGAAACCUUGUCCUCAGACAUGGAGGUGUUGCUGCAGAUUGAUGGUGUCACAGAAGACAAACUGGAGAAAUACGGUGCAGAAAUAAUUAAAGUGAUGGAUAAGUACUCAGAAUACUCCAUCCAAGAAGACGCUGCCUGCCCGGGAGCGGACACGGGGAGCGCUGGCUCGCUGGGGAGCGAUGGAGAAGCAGAGGAUGCAGCUACAACCUCCGGCUAUUUCGGCAAUAACACAAACCAGAGGAGGAAAAGGAAGCGGCUGCCCAACUCCAGGGACUCCAAGAGGAAAAAGACGAGUGGUGGUGGCAGCCAGCAGUUCCACCCCAGAGGUGGCUACAGCAGGUACAGAAGGACCAAGAAGCUGCCAAGCUCGAAGGCUCCAGCUUCCUCUGGUGCCAGCUCCGUGUCCUGCAGCGUUGGUGGCUCGCAGGGGGCUGCUGGGAAGCUGGCCAUGAUGGCACUGCCCAAACCCAAAUCCAGGAGCUUCCUUCAGCCUUCGUAUUCCGUAUUAUAAGUGGGAAACGCAAUUACUGGAUGAAUUUCCCCAAGAUGGAAUCACUGUUUAUUAAACUUUUUGUUUCAUUUGCUGCUGCUGAACCUUCUGGGACUUGUGUAUUUGUAGAGUACAAAAGCUCACAUUAAAUAAAUAUUUUUUAACUUGUCAGUUUA